AUGGAAGAGGAUCAACAUCCAGAUAUCACUAUCCCAGUUAUUGACAGUGAGAGAAAGGAAAACUCAUGUUCAGUGGAAGACAUAGACAUAUCAGUGGAGACAUCAACAUUAGAAAAUGUUACCGGUGCAGAUGAAACCACAAUAACUGAUGAAACACUAGGUUUGUCGGAUGAAGACUAUAUUCCAAGUGAUUACAAAGAUGCUUCUGAUUUGCUGGCACGUCCCAAGUCUACCAAGUUAAAGAAAAAACCUGAAAGGUACAUAGUGACUAAUAUGUGUGUCCCUGAGGAGUUUGAUGAUCCCAAUGGUUUGUCAAUAGAAGAGGCUUUACAAGGAGAAGAAAAGGACCAGUGGUUGUCAGCGGUAAAAGAAGAACUUCAGUGGUUUUAA